GGAAAGUGUGGUUUCUCUCUGUCUCUCUCUGUCUGCUUCCUCCCUCCCUCCUCUCUUUUCCCUCCCACCCCGCCUGCCAACCACUCUGAACAGGCUGUAGUUUGGACGUCCAUCUGUGGGCGAGAAGGAAAGGGACCUCGGGUGUUCCGUCCUUCUUUCCCCCCUGCGCUGCCUCAUCUCCCUAGACUCUCGCAAGUCCCUAACUGGUAGGAGCGAUUGAGAAGAGGCGGGGCAAAGACAGACACCCCCUCCUUCCUCCAGCUCCGCACAUCCCACAGCCUGCAUCCUGUACCCCGUGUCCAUCCAGCCUGUAGCUGUUGUAGCUGUAAUCCAGCUAGCUGAACAGAGCGCACCUGGACCUGUCUAAUCCAGACCCUAAGGAGCGUCCUGGGGUCUUAGGUUGAGCCCCUGGACAAUGAGACAUGCCAUGUGGACAGUGUGGGUCUUGUGGACCGUAAUUGGUCUCUCAGAAGGUGCUCCUAAGCAGACUUCUAUGUCAUGUGAUCCUGUUGGUGCCUGUGAUGGCCAUUCCAGGUCUUUGAGCACCGUUCCUUCAGGCCUGACAGAGGCUGUGAAACAGUUGGACCUGUCUUUCAACAAGAUCUCACAUAUCAGAGAAACAGACCUUCAGACCUGUGUCAACCUGGAAGUUCUGUUGUUGCAAUCUAACCAAAUUAGUGUAAUAGAACCAAAUUCUUUUCAGUCCUUAAAAAAUUUGAAACGUCUGGACUUGUCCAACAAUAACUUGUCUCACUUGUUAUCCUCCUGGUUUAAUUCCCUCUCUUCCUUGCAGGUUCUACACUUGCAGGGCAAUCUCUACCCUCGACUUGGGCAAAGCCCUCUUUUUUUGCAUCUCCCCAAUUUGAGGGUUCUUAAAGUGGGGAACACUAACAUCUUAGAGCUUCAGAAACAAGACUUUGAAGGGCUGAGUAUGCUGGAGGACUUUGAGAUUCAGGUAGAUUAUCUGCAGAAAUAUGAGCCAGGAAGUCUGAAGUCUAUUCACAACAUAAGCUACCUGGCUCUCAGCAUCAAGGAGCCAAUUUUACUGCCUGACAUUGUGGUUGACCUUGCAAGUUCUUUGCAGUGUUUGGAACUGAGAAAUACUGAUCUGGCAAAUUUUGAUUUUUCACUGCCUUCUGAUGCUCCCAGCCCACUUAUUAAGAAGAUUAUAUUUAGAAAGGUGCAAUUCACAGAUAAAAGUUUUGUUGAAAUUCUUAAAAUGUACUCCUUUGCUUCUGAAUUGUUGGAGAUUGUGCUUGAGGAUUGUGAACUUAAUGGAAUUGGGGCCUGGGAAGAUGCGUCCUUAAGUGAAAUUAAAAAUCAAGGGAAAGUGGAAGCAAUCACCAUUCACAGGUUACGGAUUAGAGAUUUUUUCUCAUUUUAUGACCUGAGCUCUGUGUAUUCGUUAUUAGGAGGAAUCAAGAAAAUCACUCUUACAAGUAGCAAGGUUUUCCUUGUCCCCUGUAAACUCUCAAGAAAUUUGAGAUCCUUAGAGUAUUUUGAUCUUAGUGACAGUUUGAUGAGUGAAAAUAGUCUAGAAGAUUCAGCUUGUGAGGGGGCCUGGCCCAGCCUGCACACCUUAAAUUUCAGUCAAAAUAAAUUCGAAUCUCUGAAAAAAGUGGGGGAACUCUUGCUGACUGUGAAAACCCUGACUCACCUCGACAUUAGCAAGAAUAGCUUUGACUCCAUGCCUGACAGCUGUCAGUGGCCAAGGAAGUUGAAAUAUUUGAACAUCUCCAGCACAAAAACCAAUACAGUAACUCCAUGUAUUCCCCAGACCCUGGAAAUCUUAGACAUCAGUAAUAACCAACUCAGUGAUUUUCGCCUGCAUCUACCACACCUUAAAGAGCUUUAUCUUUCCAGAAACAAACUAAAGACCCUACCAGAUGCUGCUAAUUUCCCCAACUUGGUGGCAAUGAACAUCAGUGAAAACACAGUGCAUUCUUUCUCUAAGGCACAACUUGAGUCCUUUCAGACAAUGGGAAGUUUGGCAGCUGGAGGCAACAACUUCAUUUGUUCUUGUGAAUUUCUAUCUUUUGUCCACAAUGAAAAGGCCCUGCUGGCUAACAUCCUGACAGAUUGGCCAGAAAACUACCUCUGUGAUUCUCCAUUCCAGGUGAGGGGCAAACGAGUUCAGGAAAUUCAGCUUUCCUUCUCUGAGUGCUACCGAGGGCAGCUGGUGGCUGCAAUCUGCUCUUUCCUCUUCCUGCUUGCCUUGCUGACUGGGGUGCUAUGCUACCGAUUUCAUGGCAUCUGGUACAUGAAAAUGAUGUGGGCCUGGCUUCAGGCCAAGAGAAAGCCCAGAAAGAACAUAGACCGAGAGAUCUGCUAUGAUGCCUUUGUUUCCUACAGUGAAGGAGACUCUUACUGGGUUGAGAACUUCAUGGUCCAGGAACUGGAGAACUUUGACCCCCCUUUCCGACUGUGUCUCCACAAGCGGGACUUUGUGCCUGGCAAGUGGAUCAUCGACAACAUCAUUGACUCCAUCGACAAGAGUCACAAAACACUCUUUGUGCUUUCAGAAAGCUUUGUCAAGAGUGAGUGGUGUAAGUAUGAGCUGGAUUUCUCCCACUUUCGCCUCUUUGAUGAGAACAAUGAUGCAGCUAUUCUCAUCCUCUUGGAGCCCAUUGAGAAGAGGGCCAUUCCCCAGAGGUUCUGCAAGCUUCGGAAGAUCAUGAACACCAAGACCUACCUGGAGUGGCCCAGGGAUGAAGCUCAGCAGGAGUUGUUUUGGUUCAAUUUGAGAGCUGCUAUAAAGUCAUAGGUAGAUGGAGCUCAAAACUUAGCUCUAUCGUGACCCUGGGCAAGUCACUCAACCCUAUUGCCUAACCAAAAAACAAAAACAAAAACAAAAAAAACUUAGCUCUAUCAUCCUAGCUUGUAGGAAAUUAUGGUAUAUAUAUAUAUAUAUAAAAUCAUAUCAACCUAUAAUAUAUAUCAUAUAAAUAUUUAUAUAA